CAAGAGACCCGAGCUGAGCGCCCACCGGGGCUCUGCUUUCCCACCUGGGAAGUGAGACAUUGUACUGGACGCCUCAAAUGCGCUGGAGAACGCCAGGUCUCAGGGACACAGGCACCAAAGUUCUCUGUUCUCCUCAGACAUGCUCAAGAACCAACCCGACGCCAUCCAGCGCUCCAUCUGCCCGCCCGCUCAUUUCACAUUGCCUACUCAGCCACAGAAACAGAAAGUCAAGAGGCGGCGCUUCCUCCCGCAAGCUUACAUCCCUCCCGCAAGCCUCCUUUCUAUGUCCCACUUAGACUGGGAAACGGAAGAUCAACUGGCGGCGCGGCUGUAGAGUCGGUUUCCUAUUGGCCAAGGCUGCCUGAGUUGCGCCCGCCGCCCCGCCUGGGCGGGGCCUCCGCGCCGUCCUGGUGCAGACUUGGGCCCCCGCGGCCUCUGGCUCGCCUGGCCGUCUUAAAGGGGACGCCGCAGGAUCCGAUCGCUGGGAUGACUGCACUUUCCAGACCAACCUGGGCACCUCCGUAUCCCAGGCUCGACUGCCGAUGGUGACUGGGAAGCCGAACGCUGGAGGCGCGGCAUCAGCCUGUGGCGCUCUCGCUGCACCUGCUGAAAGUCCCUCCCACUACUUUUGGACGCAGUUUCUCGAGUCACCAUUAGGGGGAGGGGCGGCCAGAACACAUUGGCGAAAAAUAAUAAUAGCUAACAUUGACUCACGGCAUUGCACAACCCCUGGCCUUUGACUCACCUCUUGCGUCCUCCUCGCCAAAAUUCUAUAAGGUCGGUGGGACUGGCUUUCCCGCUUCACAGAUGAGCAAACAGAGGUUAAACUGUUCUCCGCAGUCCACAAGCCCACUAAGGGGCAGAGCAGGGAUUUAACUAGACCGGGAAUUCUUACCCAUCGCUCUCUACUCUAAAAGUGAUUAAUUUCCCCUUACCCAUUGCUCUUCACCCUAGAGUUCCCAGGAGGUGGUGGGCUUAUUAUCAUCGUCCUUUAUCCAAAAGUACAGCCAUGAGGACCCAUUUAUUCCUGCCCAGACAGGUGUGCUCAAAUAGGCGCAUGCCAAAGGAGCCUCUUUUGAGGGUCCCCUUACAGAUAUUUUCUUCACAGGUGGUCCUUGCAGGUGCCCUACAACAUGGGGAAUACAGAUGUUUUCCCACAGAAACGCUCCCAACAGGGGUUUUCUCACGGCAACAUCCCUGACAGGGGAGCCAUGCAGAUGCGUUUCCAAAACAAACGUGCCCUACGCCAGAGUGCCUCCAUCAGGCGUUACAGCGCAGGUCUGCUCUGUACACAGGACCACCCAUUCGGGCUGGCCCCAGACAGGAGUGCCUCAUGCACCAGUGUCUCCAAGCCCGGUGCGUCCCUGGCGCGGCCCCGCCCCCGUCGGCUCCGCCCCCUCACCUAGGCUCAGGUGCACAAGCCGGAAGUGCGCUCCUCUCCCAGGUGAGUGACUUAACUUUCCGGGUCACGUGAACGGGAGGAGCUGGAGGAGUCCGACCCAGCUACCGACCGACGCACCGAGGGUUCGAGCCGGGUACUCGGACAGGGAACCUGAGCAAGGUCGAAGACGCCUGGGCCAGGUGCCGGGUCGCAGGUACCCCCGGCCCGAGAUGCGGUAGAAGCAGCGCACAAGAGAAGCCGGUUCCUGGUGCCACCAGCCCGUCGCCCGGCCCAUGGCGAGCCCGGGCCUGGGGCUGCUUCUGGCGCUCGGCCUGCAGCUGCUGCCCGCCCGCUGGGGCCGGGCCUGGGGGCAAACGCUGGGCACCGCUGCAAAUGACAACAGCACCACUACACCCUCUGACCCGGGCUCCGGCUCCGAUGGGGCCCUGUCUCAGGGGGCCAUCACCGCCAUCACUGUGGUCUUCUCCCUCCUGGCUGCUGUGCUCCUGGCCGUGGGGCUGUGGCUGCUGGUUCAAAAACUUCGGGAGAAGCGGCAGACAGAGGGCACCUACCGGCCCAGCAGUGAGGAGCAGUUUUCCCACGCAGCCGAUGCCCGGGCUCCCCAGGACUCCAAGGAGACAGUGCGGGGCUGCCUGCCCAUCUAGGUCCCUUUUUCUCUCUCUUUCCCUUGCUGUGUGACCUUGGGGGAAGGCAGAGCCCUCUCUGGGCCAUCAGACCUACCUACCCAGUGCUUAAGCAUAGAAGGGAAGAUGGUACUUCAAAGACUCUGCCCCUGAGGGAAAGGGACGGUGGUGCUGCUCACAUUUUAUAUAUAUAUAUAUAUAUAUAUAGACACAUAUAUAUACAUAAAUUCGGUAGUGAGAUAUGAUAAAACCUUUUUUUUUUUAAAGCUGGUUGGGGCAGGAACUAGUCUAGAAGGAGAGGACCAACUCAUAGGCUGCUGAGAGAUGAAUUGUAAGGGUGCAGGAGUCCUAGGGCUGAGAGGGCUUCCUGGAGGGGAGGGGCUCCCUGCUGCACCUAGGAGCCAGCUAGAGGAGGAGGGAGGUGGUGGAUGGUGUGCGUUUCUGAGCAGAGAGAGGACCCCCGGAUAAACUCACCAGGAAAACCA